AUAAUAAAGCAAUAGAAAUUCCAUACUAUUUUAUUUUAGAGAAUGAAUUGCGCUUAUCAUAUUCAAAUCAUAUUUUUAAUGAUAUAUAUGGCUCAGUUCAAGAGUUAAUGUUAAAGAAAACUGUAUGCUUAUUGCCUUUAUGACCAUGGUGUGGAUAUGCAAUAUGCAAUUCUUCUCAAUUUAUAUGAAUAAAUGGUGAAGAAGAAAUUAGAUAAAUACAAGCUAAACCAGACCUCUCAACUAAGCGAAUUGAGAAAACAAAAUUUAUUCAGUUGUAUAUGA